AACUGUAGAGCAUCAGUUUUCGGGAGUUCACAAGUAGAAGUACCACAACAACAAUAUUCCGAAAAUGAAAUUGGCAUUAGCACUGUUGGCUCUCGUAGCCGUGGCUUCCGCCAAGAUCGAGAUUCCCAAUUUCGGCAGAGGCGAGCUUCACAAGGAUAUCCAAGAGUUUUUAGACCUGAUACCUGUAGAGGAAGUAAUCGCAAUUACUCUUCAAUAUUACGAAGAAGAUGAUGAAUUCCAGAGUAUGGUCGAAUACUUCCAAACUGACGAAUUCAAAGAUUUGGUAGAAGCGGUCGAGAAUAUGAAGGAGGUCAAAAAAUUGAUGGAUUACAUCCAUGAUGCGGGCAUUGACAUUUACAAAAUGGUGAACAUGUUGAACGACGUGCUUGACCUCGAUCACCUCACUCCGCCCGAUUAUGCUGCAGUUACCAAACAAAAGAUCAGCGGUGGAAUUCGUGGAUACGUUGAUGACAUUUUGGCCAUCUUACCCGCGGACGAGCUUAACGACUUGUAUGAAGACAAGCUGGAAAACUCCCCCGCAUUCGCCAAGUUCGUCAAGCAAUUGGAAUCUGACAACUUCCAAAAAAUCGUCAAUAAGGUUUACGCUCACCCCACAUUCCAAGAGCUCUUGGAACAUGCCGAUAAUGCUGGCAUUGAUCUUGAAAUCAUCAAGGAUUUGCUGAAGAUUCUCUGGGGUAUUGAUGUUCCCGAUCGUCCUCAUCGUCUCCACCCCCGUUUCCAUAUCAAACAUUAAAAGCCAAUGCAAUGUGUGAAAAGUGAGUUUCGAUUGUCAUAUAUACCAAUAGUAUUUUCCAAAAAAUAUCCUCAGAUAUUAUAAAUUAUUCGGCAAUGUAAUUUUUCACGUACUUUACUUGUGUAAAAUAAAAGAGCAACUUUCUAUAUAGUUA